CGAAACGCGCCGCGUGGGCAGCGGCGCAUCCGGUUUUGCCGGCGCUUCCAGCUCCAGCGGUCGCAGCAACGACGCAGCCGGUCCUGCCGUCCACGAGCGGGGGUGCGCUUGUGGGCACGAGCGGGGGUGCGCCGUCCGCUCCGGGCGGCCGCGGUGCUCCGCCCCCUCCGGGCGUGCCAGUCCUCUCGUCCACGAACGGGCGUGCGCCGCUUCCUCCGGGCGGCGGGCGUGCGCCGCUUCCUCCGAGGGUCGCGAAGUCCGCCAGAGAGGCCGACGCGAACGCGCCGGCGGUACAUUUUGGGUUCCUCGUCGGCACGGACGAGUUUUCGAACAAGAAGAAAGAAAUGAUGGGCAAGGUGGUCAUACGGUGGGUUCCCGGCGUGUCGACGACGCCGAUGUCGCUGAUGAGGUAUUGGAACCGUGGCGAGGACGCGUUCCGCCAGAUCACGGGCGUCAUGGCUGUGAAGGACAAGAACUUUCUGCGGGAUUACCUGCAGCGUUGCAAGGACCACAACCUCAACGCCGUCGUGUGCUUCACGACGGAGCUUCGCAAGAGCAAGUGCAAAUGGUCAGGCGAGGAGACCAAAGAGUGGUGCGCAAGGGACAUCUACCCGACCAAGUGA